CUCCUAGCUCCAGUGCCCGACGCAUCACGAGGUGAACUCCCACCCGCGGAUAUGAUAUCUAAGGCCCCUGUCUUCCUCGCCCUUGUGACUUUCUUGAGAACGGGUAACGUGUUCGGUGGUGGCCGGCAGUAUGGUUUCCAAGGUGCCGGGUUCCAAGGACCACUGUUCGCUGCGGCUGCUACGCCUGGCUUCUCCGCUGCUGGUGCCUCCUACCCUCCCCAACCGUACAGCUUCGGCUACGACAGCACCGACGAGUUUGGCACCCAGCUUUUUCACAAGGAACAAGGCGAUUCCAGCAAUGCGAAGACCGGUUCCUACGGCUACCGGGACGCCAACGGCCUCUUCCGCAAAGUGAAGUACGUCGCCGAUGCCAAUGGCUUCCGUGCCACUGUCGACACCAAUGAGCCGGGCACCGCUCCGGGUGCUAGCGCAGAUGCCGUGUUCAACGCUAACCCUGUUGCUGCACCUGCAGGAGCAGGUGGUCGCUAUGCGGGAUCUGGUGGUCCCUGGGCUGGCUAG